AUGGAUGAACAAGAACAGCAACAGCAACAACAACAACAACAACAUAAUGAACAGCAAGAAAUAGAUCAAAUUAAUAAUAAAAAACAGGAGCAUUUACCAUUAUUACAAACUGUAGAGGAAUUGGUUGAAGAAUUAAGAAGAACUAUAAUAGUUGUUGAGGAAUUUCAAUCACAAAGCCAGCAAUUAUUAUUUGAUAAAUUAAAUAAAAUUAUAAAUUUAUAUGAAAAAAUUGAAAGUAAUAGAAAUCUAUUUAAUGAUGUGGAAAUACCUUUGGAAAUAUUUAGAGUUAUAGACCAAAGUAAAAACCCUGAUUUAUAUGUAAAAGAAACUCUUCAAAAUUGUUUAGCCGCCAAUGAAAAAACCAAAGGAAAAAUAGAAUCAAUUAAAAAUUUUAAAAGUGAAUUAGAAUCACAUAUCUCAGAGUCAUUUAAAGAAGAAUACGAGCAAUAUAAAUUAAUGAUUUCACAACCACCCCAACAAGAAGAUACACAACAAAAGAAUCAAGAACAAGAUCAAGAACAAGAUCAAGAUCAAGAACAAGAUCAAGAUCAAGAUCAAGAAGAAGAUCAAGAAGAAGAUCAAGAAGAAGAACAAGAUCAAGAAUAA